GAAAACCAAUCGAGUGGGAUUCACUAGAGCAGCCUGCAAGCAAACAAGUAUAGGAAGGACGAUGGCAUCCACCGACCAACCUGAUCCACCAACUCAGCCUGUCCUUCCACCUGGAGAUGCUCCAGCAGCUGCUCCUAGAGAGGCACUGAUUACCACUGCUGUGAAAUUUCUACAAAACCCAAAAGUACAACAGAGUCCCUUGGCAACCAGAAAAGCCUUCCUGAAGAAAAAAGGACUGACAGACGUGGAGGUGGAAUUGGCCAUUUUGCGCUCUGGUAGCACAGAAGAAGUUCUGGCCCUGAGUCCUGUAGGGCCUCCACAUCCACUUCAUGCAACUCAGCUGGUUCCUGCAACCCAAGGUCCAGCAGGUUACAGAUGGAGAGACUAUGGCGCCCUCACCAUCAUUAUGGUGGGCCUCGCUUUCGGCUUUCAUCAGCUUUAUAAAAAAUACAUCCUUCCCCUCAUUAUGGGCAGCCGAGAGGACAAGAAGCAUCUGCAGAGGAUGGAGAGCAACAUUGCGGCAAUGAGUGGCACGCUGACACAGACAGUCACUCAGCUGCAGCAGACCCUGGCCUCCGUUCAGGAGCUCCUCGUCCAGCAGCAGCAGAAAAUUCAGGAGCUCUCUCAGGAACUGGCUGCAGCAGAGGCAUCCUCUUCAACAAACCGUGUAUUGGACAACCAAUCAGUUGGAGAGCUGAAGGCUGAGAUUGUCUCUUUGAAGGGCUUACUGCUCAGCAGAAAACAAUUCCCUUCUACUCCCGCUGUUCCUAAGAUCCCCUCAUGGCAGAUUCCUCUGAAACCACCUUCGGCAUCCACCUCUCCAUCCGUCAAUCACACUAACAGCAGCAGUGACAUCUCUCCUGUCAGUAACGAGUCCGCCAGCUCCUCCCCUGUUAAAGACGGUCAACACAGUCCUCUGGAUGGACUGGGUGGACCAGAUGGAGCUAAUGAUAUCAAUGGCGAUGCCGACGCUGGAGGUCUCGGCGCAACGCUACCCCUGGACUUGAAAGACCAGGUCCGCAUGGAGGUGCAGGGGGAGGAGGAGCAAAAGGAGGAAAGGGAGGAGGAUGCGAGCCAUGUAGAAGACGAGGAGGAGGAAAGUCUGAGCAUGCAGACAGAAGAUCGACCAGGUGGGGACGGACAGAUUAACGAACAGGUGGACAAACUGAGGCGGCCCGAGGGUGCGAGCAACGAGAGUGAGUUAACAAGAAGAGUCCAUGAGUGAGAAGAAGGGAUAUCAUCUCUCGAGCCGUUUCCACCUCCAUCACACGGCCUUCACACAAAAAAGGUACAGUGGAAAUGCACAUCUGUGUGUCACUGGUCCUAACCUGAAGACGUCUUUGUUUUUGUUUUGGUGAUCAGAUUUGUAGGAAAAAUGUGAAAUGAUGAGACAGCUGCAUUAGAGUAUGCUUUCAUCUAUACAUACUGUAUGUGAUAUAAAUGAAUGAAUCUCUCUACAUGAAUAAGGUUGUCAAGAGAGGUCACUUUUUAAUGCUUCUGGUGAUUGUUUUCCUCAUUGUAAACUGCUGAUUACUGUCUGAGUUCCAACCAACAGUGUAUAUAUGUGUAAUAAAUCUGAUUUAUCUCCAAAAGAUGUUACUGAGUCUUAUUUGACUCUUCUUAUAUUAAAUUGUUUUAAUGUUUUUUUUCUUUUCCUUGUGUUGCACAAGUUAAUACUUUGAAACACACUGCUAGAGCCUAUAUUAUGUGGUGUUGUAAAAUGUACCUAAAUUAUAGUGAUAUUAUUCCAAUCAACAUUUAAGGAAAAACUAAAUAAACUAUAACAACAAUGA